UACAGUUUACUGUUCUAUUUGUGUUAGAUUUAAUGCGCAAGAAUUUCAAAAUUGACUAUCUUCAGUAAAAUUAGGUGGUGUUCUUUUCAAUUUCGUUGUGAUAUUAUUGCAGUAAAAUGGAUUUAAAAAACCUUCAGUAUUCUUGAUUUUGCGGAUACUGAUAUUAGUAUACUAUCAACACCAGUGGGUGGAUAAUAAAAGGUAAAUACUGAAAAAAAAAAAAAAAAAAACAGAAACAGAUGAAGCAGGUUAUGUGAGAAACCCUGCCCUCUCCUUUGAUUUCUUCCUAGCCUUCUGUUUACUGAUAUCCCAAUCCCCUUGUUUGCAUUAUUGGCAACCUGUCACAUCAAUUUUUCCUGCCUGAGAUUUCAAUACCGCUUGAUUGUCUUUUUUAAAUCUGAUAUAUUCAAAGGCCCGUAUCUCCUAUGCCCCUUGCUAAUGUAACCCUCCGUGAUUGGUGGUAUCCUAUCACAUUACCAGCAUAAUGUUUCUACUAAAUCCAUGAGGCUGUUCAACCAUGUAAUCCAGCAUAAGCUAAUUAUGAAAUUCGCAAUAUAAAAUUCAGGUAUAAGGCAGGAAGGUGAAAGAAAAGACAAUCUUUUAAUUUUCGGAACUUUUGGUUUUGAAAAUUAAAAGAUUUAUCUGGGUGGCCUUUAACCCUCCGAUUUAUGAUGUUAUUGAAAUAUCUGUCCUCUCUAUAUGGUGCUGUUUUGCAAUCAGUGGGGCAAUAUAAUCAAUUUCAACAGAAAAGUCUGAAGGAUUUUCAUGAUGGCAAUAUUUUAAAAAUUGUCAUCACUGUCAUUAUUAUUAUUAUUGUAAUCAUUUUACAUUAUUAUUAUUGUAAUCACUUUACACAGAAUAUUGUUUUGUAAGUUGCAUUUCAUUUGUAAUAUUGGUAUCACGAAAAAGUAGUCAAAUUGAAUCUAAAUAAUAAAAUUUAGAAAAUGUAGGAAAUUGAAGUCCUCUGUAACAGUAGACAGAUCUUCUGUAAAUUUCUAGAAGGCAUGUUUGUAACACGGGGAAAUAACAUUUUGAUGUUCUUUCUCGUCUUUGUUUUAUUUUUCUGGCAUUUUGUUCCUGAACUGAGUUGGUUUACUAUAUAUGUAGGAGUGUAUGUGUAUUCAUAAGUUUCAAAAUUUGACCCGUUGAACUGUAUGCCUUUGCAGAUUCUCCUCGUGAUUCUGUCCAGUUCAUUGAAUGGUCCCCCACGUGUUGUCCCCGUGCAUUAUUGAUCGCAAAUUUCCAUGGAAGGGUAACUAUUUGGACUCAACCGUCUCAUGGGCCAGCUAAUCGUGUACUCGAUACUGGCUGCUGGCUGCGAGAGCAUGAGUGGCGACAAGACAUUGCAGUUGCUACAAAGUGGCUCUCGGGAGUGUCCCUGGUGGUUUUCAUCUAAACAAAGUGCUCCUGCCAAUUCAAGGUCAACAUUUGAAGAAAAGUUUGUUUCACAACAAUGUCAAACGUCAGCUAGAUGGCCCAAUUUUCUUUGUGUAUGUUCUGUGUUCUCAUCAGGCACUGUUCAACUUCAUUGGUCCCAGUGGCCUUCUUCGAAUGCAACACCACCCAAAUGGUUUUGCACUAGUAAAGGACCAUUGGGUUGUGGCCCCAGUGGCAUUAUGGCUGGUGAUGCUAUCAUUACAGAGAGUGGUGCCAUGCAUGUGGCAGGUGUGCCAAUUGUUAAUCCAUCCACCAUUGUUGUUUGGGAGGUUAUGCCUGGGCCUGGUAAUGGUUUCCAAGUAAUUCCAAGAACAAGUACCAAUAACGGUGUCCCACCUCCAAUUAGCUCGCCCAAUUGGAUUGGUUUUGCACCAUUAGCGGCAUAUUUAUUUAGUUGGCAAGAUUAUCUAUUAUCCGAAGAAAAACAAGGGAAAAGCCAGACAAACCAAAAUCAUGGUGGUUCUAUACCACUUCACUGUUCACCAGUUUCAAAUUUUUCGGCAUAUGUCAGUCCUGAAGCUGCAGCUCAAUCUGCAGCAACCACUACAUGGGGCUCUGGUGUAACAGCGGUAGCCUUUGAUCCAACUUGUGGUGGUUCUGUGAUAGCUGUUGUGAUAGCUGAGGGACAGUACAUGUCCCCUUAUGAUCCAGAUGAAGGUCCAUCAAUCACAGGGUGGAGAGUACAACGCUGGGAAUCAUCUUUACAGCAUGUUGUACUCCAUCCUAUAUUUGGGAAUCCCACUUCCAGUAUGGGUGGACAGCCUCCUAUGCAAACUGUUUGGCAGACCAAAGUGGACCUGAGCAUUCCACCGACAAAUGAUUUCAAGAAUCAUCAAGCUUCUGCGAGUGGAAUGAACACAGAUGUACAAAAGGUAGCAGAGUUUGGUUUUGAUAAAUCAAAAAGAGUCUAUUUCGAUCCUUUUGAUCUUCCAAGUGAUGUUAGGACACUUGCACGAAUUGUAUACUCUGCUCACGGUGGUGAAAUUGGCAUUGCUUUUCUUCGGGGUGGAGUCCACAUCUUUUCUGGUCCAAAUUUUACUCCAAUAGACAACUAUCAGAUUGGUGUCGGAUCUGCAAUUGCAGCUCCUGCUUUUUCUUCAACAAGCUGUUGUUCUGCUUCUGUUUGGCAUGACACAAGCAAGGAUCAGACGAUUUUGAAAAUAAUCCGGGUUCUCCCUCCUGCUAUUCCAAUUAGUCAAGUAAAGACCAACUCGUCAUACUGGGAGCGUGCAAUUGCUGAAAGGUUUUGGUGGAGCCUUUUGGUUGGAGUUGAUUGGUGGGAUGCUGUGGGCUGUACACAGAGUGCUGCUGAGGAUGGUAUUGUUUCACUUAACAGUGUUAUCGCAGUCUUGGAUGCAGAUUUCCAUUCUCUUCCUUCAGCUCAGCAUAGACAACAGUAUUGUCCUAGUCUAGACAGAAUAAAGUGUAGGCUGCUUGAAGGGGCAAAUGCUCAAGAGGUCAGGGCAAUGGUUCUGGAUAUGCAAGCUAGGUUGUUAUUGAAUAUGCUUGGGAACGGAAUUGAGUCUGCUUUGAUAAAUCCAUCAGCUUUAGUGCCCGAUCCAUGGCAAUUAUCAAGUGAGACAUUAUCUAGCAUUGACCCAGAAGCAGUGGCCGUUGAACCUGCACUAGUUCCAUGUGUUCAGGCUUAUGUUGAUUCAGUUCUUGAUCUAGCUUCACACUUUAUCACAAGGUUGCGGCGUUAUGCUAGUUUCUGUCGUACACUGGCAAGCCAUGCUGUGACUGCAGGGACUGGAAACAACAGAAAUGUGGUUGCUAGUCCUACUCAAAGUUCUGCAACUCCUGCAACGAGUCAGGGGGGUCAAAAUGGGACAACCAGUUCUAGUGGAAGCACACAGAUGCAAGCUUGGGUACAAGGGGCCAUUGCCAAGAUUAGUAGCACAACUGAAGGAGUAUCCAACCCAGCUCCUAAUCCCCCUAUCAGUGGUCCUUCUUCCUUUAUGCCCAUUAGCAUUAAUACAGGAACUUUUCCGGGAACACCUGCAGUUCGACUCAUUGGGGACUGUCAUUUCCUCCAUAGAUUAUGCCAACUGUUGCUCUUCUGUUUUUUCUUUCGACGGACACAACUAUCACGGUAUGUUGGGGGUGUACAGAGAACUACAGACACAAAUACACAAAAGCCUCAAUCCAAUGGUUCUGCUCCUGCAAAGGUAGAGGAACCUGUAAAACCAGGGUCAACGUUGGUUAGGUCAGAUGAUGGUCAGGCUGGUCGAGUUCAUCAGCUUGUGACUGCACCAAAAGGAGGUGAAGAACCGUCUCCAGGGCGUUCAAGAAUUGGUACUGGAAAUGCUGGCCAGGGAUAUACAUUUGAAGAGGUCAAGGUUCUUUUUCUAGUACUUAUGGAUCUCUGUCGCCGAACUGCUGGCUUGCAACACCCACUGCCAGUUUCUCAAGUGGGGAGUAAUAACAUUCAGGUUAGGCUGCAUUAUAUUGAUGGAAACUACACUGUACUGCCCGAGGUUGUGGAAGCAUCCCUUGGCCCCCAUAUGCAGAACAUGCCCCGUCCUAGAGGUGCUGAUGCUGCCGGUCUUCUACUACGUGAGCUAGAACUCCAUCCUCCAGCCGAAGAGUGGCAUAGGCGGAAUAUGUUCGGUGGAUCUUGGUCUGAUUCAGAUGAUUUGGAUUCUACAAAUGAAGCUCCAAAACUUGUUAAUCUUGAUUUCAGCUCAUUGGAAACUUGUGAUGUCUACGAUGGAGCCGAUGUCUUAUUGCCAAGGAAACGCAGGAUGUCUGAACGAGAUGCAGCUUUUGGGUUGAACACUUCCGUUGGCCUGGGAGCAUACCUUGGUAUAAUGGGAUCUCGAAGAGAUGUUGUUACUGCAUUGUGGAAAACUGGCCUUGAAGGAAUCUGGUAUAAGUGUAUAAGAUGUCUGCGGCAGACUUGUGCUUUUGCCUCACCAGCCUCCACCAAUCUUCCUAGUCAAAAUGACAAGGAUAUUUGGUGGAUCAGCCGCUGGGCUCAUGGCUGUCCAAUGUGUGGUGGAACAUGGGUUCGUGUUGUAUAGCUGGUUUAAAGACAAAAUUGUUACGUGAGUUUCUCUAGGUCAGGGAAGAAUUGCUCGUAUUUGUUGCUAACUGCAGAAACUGGAGGUAGAUGAAACACUGGAAGAAAUUGUACAGGAGAGGAAACAUGUAGAUUACCUGACAGGUUCUUUAUAAUUUUAUUAUCAUUACAGGUAGGUGACCGAACAAACUUGGAUUCGGGUAAAUAUUCUACUAAUAUAAUCACUUUGUUAAGUUCCAAGAAUUAUCAAGUAAUUCACCUAUACCUUAAUUUGUUUUGGAAUUAUGGUCACGUGAUUUGCCACACCUUCAAAAUUAGGUAUUAUCCUCGUAAUGCUUGUAGUUGCUGUUGCUCCUUCCAGAGAUAUAUAUGUUUCAUUCAGGAUUAACUCUUAAAAUUGACUUGAUAUCAUGCAAUGCAUAUUAAUAUUCCAUUUACUCAUUACAGCAGUUGGAUAGUCAUCUGGUCAUAAUUUUUUUCCUUUCACUGUACUCCUUUUCCUUUCGUCCAUAUUUGGAUUUAACUUUUUUCCAGGUUAUUGAAUUAUUUUAGAUAGUUUCUUGAGUGAGUUUUUAAAAAUAUUUCUCCAAAAUACUGUUAUCAAACAUGCAUAAAUAUUCUGUUUUUUUUUUUUAUAAAUUAUUCAGCUGACAAUGCAGAAUGUGGUCUCUCUCGUAACCCUGGGGAAUAAAUUUCAUGCAUGCAGAUGCUAGUCUUUUCAGAUAAGAGGUUGGUGAUGGUGGACAAGUAAUUAGGAAUGUCCCUGACUAAUCCCAGAGAAACUUCUGUAUGACUUUCCACAUCAAUAUUAUUGACUGCUCGUAUUUAUAUGUGCAUAAGAGGAGCAGGAGGUGGUAAGUGGAGUGGGUACUAUACAGCAUUAAAUGAUAAACUAUAUAUGUAAAUUGAUAAAAUAAUUUAUUUAAUUUGGGCGGGUGAGGGCAAUGUCAUAUAGGGUUAUAUUUAUGGCAGUUAUAGAUCAAUUUUAUGUACUAUUUUAUGGUUUAUAUUUGGGUCA